AUGUCUCCAAUGGAGGCGCCGCUGUUCAGAAGCCCGCCACCUGCGGACAGUGCCUUACAGCCGCGAGAUGACAGCCUCGCGGCCGGCCGCGAUGAUGACGAGCCAUCGGCUAAGGAGGAUGGGGAGCACAGUGAGAGGGGUGAUACCGUAUACCAGCACAACCCCGAGAAUCGCUCCCCUAGCCCAGUCCAGCAGGGGAGGUCCAUCAAACGUAUCGAUAUUAAGAGAACGGGACUCGCAGUAUUUGAUGGCUACUUCAGCGUCUUCAACCUUGACGAUCAAUCUGUCAAAGCGCAAGCUCGCUGGACAAAUGCUCAACCCAACAGCGACGAUCACCAAGAGGGUCCCCCAAGAAAGAAGGCCAGAACGAGCGCCCGUCCAGAGCAAAAGAAUAAGCCUCGACAAAGCAGCCACAUAACGGUCAUCGACAAGGCUCGCAUCGUCGCCACGGACCGUGGCUUUCGUGUCGUCAACUGCGAUCCAUCGGGUCCACAGGUCGAUAUCUGCUGGCGCAUCCCUGGCCAGCGAAACAUGUGGCUGGCGAGACUCGGAUGCGCGUUGGGGUCUAGGCAAAAACUCAGGACUUUGAUGAGAGCCCAAGCUUCUCCAGACAUGUCGUUCUUUAGCUAUUUGGAAGCACCCCUUGACGAAGAGAAGGCAUUGUCUCUGAUCGAGUGCAGUAGUAGCGAUCGCGCUUACGACGAUUUCGAGCGUGGGGAUGGUCAGAUCGUCAUUGGGGAUCCAGGGAGUCUUGAGUUUGUUUCUGCGUUUGGUAGACUGAUCACUGCAAUAACUCAACUUAAGUUACCUGAAAGUUGCUACGAGAUGGCAAGACAUCACCAUCUUCAUGAGCAUCAGCAUCAGCAUGACGCUGAUCAACCGGACACGCCGACAAUGAGAGGCCGUCCGCGACAUUCUGAGGAUGAGACACCCGGAGGAAAUGAUGAGCAGCGUACUGAAGCAACUGCAGUCAAUAUCGUAGACGAGUUGCCACGAACUAGUUUAGUUGUCUUUGACGACUGUCAGUUUAGUUUGUGUCAACAGUCUCCCAGAAACGGCGCUGAAUCGAUGGCAAUCUCAACAGAAAGACAACCAAACUCAGCAUCGAAGCGAUAUCCCGCCGCAAAUCUGCGACGGCUCAGCCUAACCCAAGUCGCCCGAGCCUGCAUCAUCGCGUCAAACGGCUUCUACGUCGUCAACUGCGACACAUCAGGUCCCCAGGUUAACAUCUGCUGGCGCGUUCCCGGCCCGCGAAACAUAUGGCUUGCGAGACUGGCAGUUAGGCAAGAUGGAGAGAACUCGGAGCAUCCGCCUUCGAUGUCUCCGGGCAUGACGCUGUCGUGCUUUCAAAAGGGGCCGUCGGGGGGUGAGGGUGCGUGGUCGAUCAUCAUGGCUAAAUCCGGUGUUAAUGUGGAAGAGAGGAUUGGGCGUGGGGAGGGGGAGUUGGCCUUUGGUGAACCGAUUAACAUUCUCACUGUGUCACUGAAUGAGCCUGUGAGUAUCGUCGCUUUCGCCAACUCGGUAAAUCCACUUCCAUCGGGCUGGACUCUAGUAUCGCUUUCGCCUCGUCCACUUCUGCCUGGUCUUCGUGAGAUUUCGGGUGAGGACGGAGCGGAAUGGUUGCUCUGGGUGACUACCAAGGCGCGCGUCAACUCUGAGGUCACCAUCGAGUUCGCGGAUGAGCGCGCAAAGGAUUUUGUGCUUAUGUAG